CAUUUUAUAAUAUCCUUGUGAUAACUUUUCAUACAUAAAGAAGAAUCAAAGUGUAUUCAAAUUCUGUCUUCAUCAUAAGUUAAUGAAUAUUAUCAUGUGUACAUGAAUAUCUGUUAAAAUUUCUGUGAUGAAAUGUAGUUCUAUAUCAAUUGAUAGUGUGAGCAAUGUUUAUAUAUACCUACUACCUAUUUUUUCUUUCUUUGUUACCAACUAUACUAGGAAUAUACAAAGGCGGAGUCAGGAUUUUUUGUGUAUCAGCCUUCCCGGAAGGGAUGGAGACAUACUUGCCAUGGAAAUUUUUGGUGCAGUAGUUAGCAUGAUGCAAUGUUUUUGUGGAGAGACUUGUUCUCGUCAAUCCGUUUCUGAAACAUGAACAUACCUGAGAAGGCCUAGUGCAUUAGCAGAUAGACUUAAUGAAAACAUGGAAUUGCUUAAAGCUUGGGAGGAGGAUAUAAAAAGGAAGUUACAUGUGGAAAAUGUAUGGCGCGGUAUGGAGCCAAAGGCUGAGGUGAACAAUCAAUGUAAGAAAGAUUACAAGUAGUAUUGCCAGCAUGCAAGAGAAACUUACUGCAGACAAGAUGUGUUUAAACAGAUGUUUGCCAAAUUAUAUGUCUCGAGUUAAGCAGGGGAAAUGCAUCAACAAGAAAAUUAAAGAAGUCGACAGGCCCUGGGGCAGAUCAUAUUUCCAGAUACUUUGUUGGUUGAUAUGAUGCCUCGGAGGGAAAAGAUAUUGCCAGCAUCCUCAUUAGUAGGAGAAUUUGCUCAAAGAAGUUUGGAGGCUGUAUGGGAGUAUUUGAAUGAUGAACACUCUGGGAUAAGUGGCAUUUAUGGAAAGGGGGGUGUGGGUAAGACAUCCAUCCUCGUAGAAAUCAAUAAUCGUCUUUUGAGAGAGAGCAAAAAAUUUGAUAAUGUCAUUUGGGUCACAGCAUCCAACGAUUCAACAGUGCAGAAAUUUCAGAAGGAUAUUGCUAGAGUAAUAGAGUUCAUCUUUAUGAUUUGUGACUGCAAUUUGCUAAUAACUACUAGAUCCAUGGUAGUUUGUCGUGGCAUGGAAUCAGUGAGGGAAGUUGAAGUUAGUAUUCUUUCAGAGGAAGAAGCAUGGAACCUCUUUAAACAGAAGGUCGGUGAGGAGGUGCUAGCAUCUCCAACAUUACAAGCUGUUGCCAAGGAUGUGUCGAAGGAGUGUGGAGGUCUCCCACUAGCUGUUGUAAGAAGAGAAAAUGAUCUGAGGCAAUGGAAAAAUGCAUUAAGCCAGCUGAAAAGUGCAACGGGAAGAAUAGAAGGCAUGGAGAAUCGAGUCUUUGCACGUCUCUGAGAUUUAGCUAUGAAAGACUGAAGGACAAUGUGACUCGUUCAUGUUUUCUUUAUUGCACAUUGUACCCAGAGGAUCAUCAUAUCGAGACCAAAGAAGUGAUUAAGUACUGGACAUGGGAAGGCUCUGUUGGAUAACUUGGAUAUGGAGAAUCCAAGAUGCUGCAGGGAAAGAUGAUAUUAGAUGAACUGGAACAUGCGUGCCUUCUAGAGAUCAUUGGAUGUCAAGAAGGUAGUUUAAAUGAAUAUGUCAAGAUGCAUGACCUCAUUAGGGAUAUGGCGAUAGCUGUUACAAGAGAGAGUCCACUCUUAAUGAUCCGAGCAGGACAUGAGAUGCGUAUCCCACCAGUUGAGAGUGAAUGACUCGAAGGCCUUGAAAGGAUCUCGUUAAUGAGAAAUGAUUUGAACUCUUUGAUUUUGGAACCGAGAUGUCCUCAGCUAACCACCUUGCUAUUGCAGUAUAAUUCAUUGUCCAAGGGUGUACAUCCUUCUUUCUUUAACCAUCUAAAAAGUCUCAAAGUUCUGGACUUAUCUUACACGGGCGUCUUUGGGUUGCCUGAUUCACUUUCUAAUCUCGAAAACCUUCAUGCUUUGCUUCUACGUAGUUGUUGGAACUUGUAUCACCUGCCAACAAUGGAAAGGCUAAAGGAGCUGAGCGUUUUAUAUCUCUCUGCUACACCAAUUGAGUGUGCGCCCCCGGGGAUGGAAAUGUUACUCAACUCGAAGCAUCUGGAUCUCUCCCUUACUACAUUUCAUGAUUUUGAUAUUCAAAUUUUAGGAACAUACAGAUUUCUGGAGAGUCUCUCAACUAUUGGUCUAAGCCAACCUCUAACGCUAGGUCCAGAAUUUGUUAACGUUGUGAACCGCUGCACCAUCUUGACAACCCUUGAAGCCAAUUUCAGCAACUUGCAGGACUUCAACUAUUAUGUCUCAUCAGAUUUUAGGAUAGUAUGAGCAACAUCGAGUACUCAGCCUAUAUCGUAUUGAACUGUACUGUCUUGUUUAACAGUUCAUGAAUGAGACACAGUAGUUAUUCUUUGUGUCGUUCUCUUGUUUAACAUACUUUAACUACAGAUUCUCAUAUUGGAUCCAACUAGUUUUUCCUUUUUAUAUGGGUGGAAGUGGAGGUCGGGCUCUAUGGAACUGGAAGCCGAAGCCCUAUAGUCUAUAGUAGGUGUGAGUCAUGAGUUGAAAAUCCUGCAUCCCGUUUGUCUUUGCUGUACAGUGGCUGCUAUGCGGAUAAGGAUGUGAAGUAUAACCAAAUACGAGUGUUGGAUUGCUAAAAACUAUCUAGUCUGUGAAAGUAUGAGCAAAGAUUCUUGCUGGGGAGUACUAGAUGAAAUUGUCAUAUGAAAUCACUAUAUGAAACUUUCAUAUGAAAUAGCUUAUAUGGUUUAAAUUUUUUGUAGCUUACACAAAAUCAUAGUUUGUUUGUUGUAUGCACAGUUCUUACUCAUGAAUCAGUCCAAAUUAAUAGACUUUAUUUUCAUGUAUAUUUAAUCAUCAUUUCAGGAAGGAAAUCAGUAAAAAUACCUUUUCUCCAAGUCCACACCUUCUUCGGAUGCCAAUGUCUCGAUUGAUCAGCUCCAAUUUGGUUUUAACUCCAGCGGAAUGCAAAGGUAGAGCUUCAAUCAUCGCCAUACCUAUGGCUCGAGAGACCACUUCUAGACCUUCCUCAGGUUUUGCUGGAACAUGCUCUAUCCUGCACACUGGAUGCCCUGAAAUUGAGGCAGUAUUUGCCCAGCUCCCGCGUGAUGGUGUCCCAAACCUUACUGAUCGCGGGAGCUGCAGCAUAUAGAUAAAAAGGUACUGUUUUCACUUGCAUUGUUGUGCUUCAUAAUGCACACGGAAACGUGAGAAUUCGACUUCUCUUGCACAUUUUCAGGACACAGAUGCUAACAUUAGUUCUAGGUGUUGUUGAGCUUUAUAUAUCUUUUAGACACGGCUUGUUAUACAUAUAAUUGAACUUCCUUUGUCAAUGCUUCAAGAAUUCUAGUAUAUCUUGCAUAUGAAAUAGAGGUAGCUUUUUAAAUUUUAGUAUAUA